AUUCCACAAGCUGAAUGAAUUCAGUGACACUCUCAGUGAACGGUACGUAGCGGCUUUUUCCCUUCUCGGUUUGAGAAGGAAAGUAGGAUUUACUAAAGCCGAUGCAGCAUGUGAAAGUCUAACACAUCCGACUUUCUACUCCUUUCUUUUUUACACAUCGUGUAGUCUGUCUCUGAUCAUAAGCAAUUCCACCGCACUGAUUUCUCCUCUGAAAUGCCGUAAUGCCACGCGUGAAUGUUAGCUGGAUUAUUACGGUGCUCAUGGUGGAGCUCGCGACGCUGUCUGCAGCGCACGCUCACAGCUGUCACGAGGUGAAAACGGCGUUUCAGGUGCGUCAGAUCGGCCAGCUGAAAUGGGUGCCGGAAACACCUGCUACAGAUGUGGACCUGUCAAUAUGCAAGCAUGCUGGGCCGUCAUGCUGUACGCGAAGAAUGGAAGAGAGCUACAGAGCAGCGGUCCUGAGAGACACCACCCAGAACAUCAGAUCAUACAGCUAUGAGCUGAAAUAUCUAAUUUCUGAGCAUGCUGCCGCCUUCCAGGAUACGUUCCAGUCUCUAAUCACCUUCUCUCAGAAUCACCUGACUUCUGUGUUCGAGACCACAUACUCUUCCCUCAUGUCGCCCAUCUCCCCUCACAUCGUCUGCCUCUUCACUGACCUUUCUCGCUUCCUUCAGGGCACCGGCAAUGUCUCUGUUGAAACUGCUGUCCAUCGUCUCUUCGACAAUCUCUUCCCAUUAGUCCACACUCGUAUUGUCAAUCCCGGCAUGGCUGGGAGCAUUGGAGAGGACUCUUAUGAUGGAAACCAGCUUGGUGACUGUCUCCGCAUGACAAGGCAGGAUAUUAACCCCUUUGGGCCGCACCCUAAGGCGAUGGCAGAUACACUUGCAAGCGCGUUGCGGGCAGGCCGGAUGCUCAGCCUGGCGUUCGGGGUGGGGUUAAAAGUAAUGAAUGUUACAGAGACAGCGGAGUUGUCCAAGGAAUGCACUCGGGCUCUAGUGCGCAUGCAUUACUGCUCUCAUUGCCGUGGACUCACCCUGAUCCGGGCGUGCAGUGGCUACUGCCUCAACGUCAUGCGCGGGUGCCUGGCCAGCUUCUCAGAGCUCCACAGCCCCUGGAGACAGUAUAUUACCGUACUGCAGGAUCUCACGCACAUCGUCGCCGGAGCUCACAACCUGGAACUUGCUUUGCUGGGGAUCAAAGGUCAGGUUGAGGAGGCAAUACUCUACGCUCAGCUCCACGGGCCCAGGCUAACUGCUACGGUGGAUAAGGUAUGUGGUCACUCUUCAAAUGUGUCUUCAACCACAGUCAGAACGUUUCCUUCGACUACAGUCUCACCGCCUCCUUCCAACAGCUCACAGGACGUUCCAGGAGCCAAUAAGACCGGCAUGUUGGCUCACCUUAACAGUUCACUCCCUCUGAAAACCUCCAAGAGCGAUAGAAGUAGAACUCUGAAGAAGGUUGCGCGGGAGUUUACAGAGUAUAGCUCCCGGUAUAAGUCUUUCUUCUCCAUACUUCCGGAGACACUGUGCGAAGGAGAGAUGGGCAUCGACGAGCUCACGUGUUGGAGUGGAGAUGACGUGGUCAAAAGUUAUACUUCGAGGGUGGUGGGCAGUGGAGUUCAUGCUCAAAGACAGAAUCAAGAAGUAAGGGUCAGAGGUGCUGACCCUGUGCUUAUGGAUGCCAAAAACAUACUUGAGCUCUUCAACAUGGAGAUUCAAGAGGUCAUGCCGGGUGUGGGGCUCAGGGAGUCCUGGGACGAGAGAGGCAGUGGAGAGAGCAGUGCUGAAUGUGAUGAUGAGGAUGGUUGUGAAGGCUCUGGAGAGUCUGUAGCAUCUCCCCCUCUCACAGAAGCUGAUGUAUCCAAAAAUGCAGUAAAGAUCUCCUACCAUGACCUGCCUAUCACCCAGAACAAAUCGGAUGCUUCUCUUCCCAUGGCCAGCUUCAUCAUCAUCAUCAUCCUCGCUCUGGCACUGCACUGGCCCUUCAUCUGAAAGGCCACAACUGCAUACACACACAGUGAUCAUAUGCACAGAUGGGUGAACAUCAUGAAGAAGUGUCAGGGGCAUAUUUACCUCAAAAAAA